CUCGUUCCAUUGCAAUGUCUCUUCAACCCAGCACUAGUCACGCAUUUGCGCCGGUGAUCAGCCAAGGUGAUGCAUUUCUCAAAGCAUCGCUACCAGAAGGGGACACGAAGAGCAUCGAACAACAGCAAAGAUCCGAACUUAUCACAACUGUUACCCGCAACCAUUCUACUCACGAUCCUGGAGCAGCAACGAACAACACAAAUGUAGAUGGUUCCUCCUUAAUUCAGCCUGCACCUUUCAUCGAAUCCGAACUCGAGGAGGCCGUUCAGAAGUUGUCUGGCGCCGCCAUCACCGUAAUCAUGGCGCCACUCUGUCUCUCCUGUUUCCUAUCCGCGUUGGAUCUCACCAUCAUCACACCAGCUAUUCCAGCAAUAGUGAGCUCCUUCAAUUCAGUUACCAGCUAUGCCUGGAUUGGCAGUGCCUUCAUCCUUGCCAGCACAGCAAUCACACCCGUCUGGGGUUCCGUCGCCGAUAUCUGGGGUCGCAAACCCAUCAUGCUGAUAGCACUUACUAUUUUCCUUGCUGGAAGCUUAAUAUGUGCCCUGGCCCCACACAUGGAUGUGCUGAUUGCAGGUCGAGCUAUCCAAGGGCUUGGAUCGUCGGGCAUGGGCACCAUGGCGAAUGUCAUCAUUUGCGACAGCUUCUCAAUGCGCGAUCGGGGAUUGUAUCUUGCGAUUACAUCCCUUGUAUGGGCUGUUGGGUGUGCUGUUGGACCUGUUAUUGGCGGAUCUUUUACAACUCGCUUGACCUGGAGAUGGUGCUUUUGGCUUAAUUUACCAAUCGGCACUAUCGUCUUUAUCGUGCUACUAUGCUUCCUGAAGCUCCCUUCUCCCAACACCCCUAUGCUAGCAGGCCUGAGGGCCAUAGACUGGACCGGUAGUGCCCUCAUCAUCGGCGCUGCACUAAUGAUCCUCCUGGGUCUCGACUUCGGGAAUGUCACCUUCCCUUGGUCAUCCGUCACUGUCAUUUGCUUGAUCGCAUUCGGCGCUGGGACCAUUGCAAUAUUCGUCAUCAACGAAUGGAAGUUUGCUACGAACCCUGUCGUUCCCAUGCGACUAUUUUCCAGCAAGUCCACCAUUGCCGCUUACAUGAUCUGGGCAUACAAUUUCUACAUCCUCAUUGGCCUUUCGUACUAUCUUCCGCUGUACUCACAAUCAGUUCUGGGAGCUAAUGCAUUGGAGUCGGGCGUUCAUCUUGUCCCUCUGAUUGUUUCCUGCUCUCUAGCGGCAGCGUGUACGGGAGCUUUCAUCCAGAAAACAGGGAUAUAUCUCCCUAUUACGUACUUUUCACAUGGACUGUUGGCGCUAGGUACCGGACUGUUCAUGAGUCUGCGGCCACAAGAAAGCUUAACUAAGCUAGUCGUUUUUGAAAUUAUAACGGGUGCCGGUGUUGGCAUGAACAUUGAUCCACCGUUACUUGCCGCGCAGGCUGUAAUGACGGUUCUGGAUACUGCUGUCAUUCAGGCAACCAUGACCUUCAUUAGGUCUCUCGCUACUACUGUUGCUAUAGUUGUUGGGGGCGUCAUAUUCCAGAAUCAGAUGAACGCGGUAAACCCAAGACUGUCUGAUCAACUCGGCGAGCAACUAGCCAGCAAAUUUAACGGGGAUGUCGCCGCAACCAAUGUUGAGAUGAUUGGGUCCUUGCCUGUAGGCCAAAUGAACAUCGUCAAAGACGCGUACUUUGAUGCAUUGAGGUCGGUGUGGAUAAUGUUCGUAGUUGUUGCCGGUCUCUCGCUUAUUGCCAGCUUCUUCCUCCGUGCCCACCACCUGAGCGACAAGUCCAAGGCUGCAGUUCUUGGGGUAGACAGGAUGAAGAACCAGGGACCACAGCCGGAGGGUCCGCAUACCUCGCCAUCUACUGAGCUCCAAGUGGUGCACCAUCCUUCUUCCGGACAAAAUUAGCUCCGAAUAU